AUGCGCGACGUUCAGGAACUGAUUGAGCAGGAGCUCGAGGAGAGAGAGGAGGAAGACCUCCUGGAUUUCAUCUCUGAGGGCGAUGGUGAGGACAUUGACACGCUGGAGGAGCCCAUUAGGUUGGAUGAUAGCUUCCCAAGUUCUCUCAUUGUCUGCGGACUUCCGCGGGUCCCCAAAGAGAAGUACGACAAGCUCUUAGGUGUGAUCUCGAAGCUGUUCAACAAGUACGGUGACAACGAGAAAGAGAUGCCGUACAAUGCGGCAGGCACAGAGACCGAGGGCUGCGUUCUCAUCACCUACGACAAGCCCGAGGCGGCUGAUCAAGCGCAGCAGGCUCUGGAUGGCAUGAGCUUAGACAAGAAGCACACCUUCAAGGUCGUGAAGCUUGACGAAUUCAAUGCCAUCACAUCCCGCGAUGAGGACUUCAGGCCCAAGCGCACGCUCGCGACCUAUUCCCGGAACGACUUCCGGUCCUGGCUACAGGACUCCAAAUGCCGGGAGCAGUUCCUCCUGCGCUACCAGACAGAGACAGAAAUCUUCUGGCACGACACCACCAUAGGCGAGCCCACGCUCUGCUAUGGUGGCGAGCGCGAGAAGCGGACAGGCAAGAUCUGGUGCGACUGGCAGGUGCAAUGGUCACCGCUCGGCCACUUCUUGACAACAUUUCACAAGCAGGGUGUCGCCCUUUGGGGCGGUCCAGACUUCACCAAAAAAAUCCGUUUCGCUCAUGAUGCCGUGAAGUAUUUGGAGUUCUCGCCUACGGAGGAGUAUGCCUUGACUUGGAAUGGGACCUCGGCCCUGGAGAACGACCCGAAUGCUGUGAAGAUUCAUCGAGUGCUGACUGGCGAAUGCGUCUUCAACUGCCGUACACCAGCUGUAGCGCCUUUGGGUGGCGACUUCCCGCACUUCUUGUGGAGUCGUGACGGCAAGUUCUUUGCCGAGUGCAAUGAGUCUUCCAUCUCGGUCCGCGAAACGGACACGUUCAACCUGAUCAAGGAUGAGGAUGGGAAGAAGCGGACGCUGAAGUUCCCAGAGCUUAGCACCUUCCAAUGGUCCCCCAAGGACAACCUGCUUAGCGUGUGGUGCCUGGAGAAGGAGAACAAUCCUGCACGAUUGGUGUUAGUGGAGAUCCCUUCGCGGCGGGAGCUUGCGUCCAGAUCCCGAACACAGGUGGAGGCUGCCAUGCACUGGCAGUCUGAGGGUGAUUACCUGUGCCUCAUCAAUACCAAGCUAUCAAAGACGAAGAAGAAAGGCGCAACAAAUCUUGAGAUCUUCCGCAUUCGCGAGAAGAACAUCCCUGUGGAUAUUGUGGAGGUUAAGGACUCUGUGCGAGGCUUCCACUGGGAGACGAAGGGGCACCGCUUCUCGCUGCUUACCAGCGAUGACUCUGGACACCAUCCCAAGAUGUUCAUCUACGGCCUAAGCAAGGAGAAGUGUGAAGUUCUCAGCUUCUUUGACUUGCCCUCGAACAGUUUCAACAACUUCUUCUGGGCACCCGAAGGGCAGUAUUUCGUGUGUGCUGCAGUCGGCCACGGCGACCUGCUCUUCGGCGGGAUGACCAGCGACAACAAGCUCGAGAUCCUGCACAAGGCGGGGGGUCUUGUAGACGCAGCAGAUGCUACAAGAUAA